AUGCCGAGCACCAGGACACGCAGCCAGGCGGCCAUCGACUUCCCCCGCCGCAAGAGCGCCCGGCUGCCCGCCAAGAGCCACCGCGCCGCGGGCACCCCCGAUGCCACCAACGUCAGCGCCGAUGCCACCGCCAACCCCUGCGCCGUGCGGCUGGCGCCCUGCCCCGCAGCCCCGCUCUCGCCGCGGAGCCCGGUGCUGCCGCUGAGCCCCCGCAAGCGCCUGGGUGAUGACAACCUGUGCAACGUGCCGUGCGUUCCCACCUGCUCCCCCUCCAAGUGCAGCCGGAAGGAAAACCGAGGCCGUCGUUUGCUCUUUGGGGAGCAGCCGGUCCCUGUGUCCCCGGAGAAGCUGGGUGAACCGGCGCUGUCCCCACGGCGCCAGGGGCAGGAGACCCCCCGGAGCUCGGAGCAAGCCCGGGAGCGCGCCCGGCUCUUCCGGCAGGAAGGCUCCCGCUUCCAGGAGGCGAAGCGCCUGCUGCACACAGCCGUCCCCGAGUGCCUCCUGGCGCGGGAGCGGGAGACCAGCGAGAUCAAGCGCUUCCUGCGGGAACACGUGUGCGCAGGGAGGCCCGGCAGCCUCUACAUCUCGGGAGCCCCCGGGACGGGGAAAACAGCCUGCGUGAGUCGGGUCCUGCAGGACUGCCAGGGCGAGCUGGCGAGCAGCAAAACCGUCGUCCUCAACUGCAUGUCACUGAGCAGCUCGCAGGGCGUCUUCGCGGCCGUGGCCUCGCAGCUGGGCCUGCAGCCCCGCGCGCCCGCCCGCGAGCUCGCGCGCCAGCUGGAGCAGCAGCUGACGGCCAAGGGGCCCAUGGUCCUCCUGGUGCUGGAUGAGCUGGACCAGCUGGACAGCAAGGGGCAGGACGUGCUCUACACCGUGUUCGAGUGGCCCUGGCUGCCCGGCUCCCGCCUCGUCCUCGUCGGGAUGGCCAAUGCCCUGGACCUGACGGAGCGCGGGCUGGCGCGGCUGCAGGCCCGCCCGGGCUGCCGGCCCCGGCUGCUGCCCUUUGCGCCCUACACGCGCGAGCAGCUCGUCGCCAUCCUGCAGGAGCGUCUGCGGCAGGUGGCUGGUGACCCUGUCCUGGAUGGUUCUGCUGUGCAGUUCUGUGCCCGCAAGGUCUCCGCUGUGUCCGGGGAUGCCCGCAAGGCCCUGGACAUCUGCAGGCGGGCGGUGGAGCUGGUGGAGCGGGACGCGAGGAGCCAGACGGUGCUCAAGCCGCUGCCCCCCGCUCCGUGUCCCGCAGGGGCGGCCGCGGGGCCGCCGGGCCGCGCGGGGCUGCCGCAGGUGGCGCGGGUGCUGGCCGAGGUGUACGGCGAGCGCAUGGCGCCCGGCGGCAGCGCCGCCCACGACUCCUUCCCGCUGCAGCAGAAGCUCCUGCUCUGCUCCCUGCUGCUGCUCGCGCGGCACCUCGGCGCCAAGGAGGUGACGCUGGGCAAGCUCCACGACACCUACAGCAAGGUCUGCCGCAGGCAGCGACUGGCGGCCGCCGGCCAGGCCGAGUGCCUGGCGCUGGCCGCCCUCCUCGAGGCGCGCGGCGUCCUCGAGCUGAAGCGCGCCAAGGACGCCCGGCUCGCCAAGGUCUCGCUGAAGCUGCAGCCGCGGGAGCUGGAGCAGACGCUGCAGGACGCGGCGCUGGUGGGGUCCGUCCUGGCACAGGGGCUGCCCUAG